CCACGUUAUGUAGGAGAGCAUAUGAUAGUCACUCGCCGCCGAGUAUCCCACGCGCGCGUACACACGAUGUGAAGUGAUAAUUCGUGAGAAAAAAUGUUGCUGGUUAAAAUUGUUUUGAUUUUCGCGCUUGCGAGGGCCGAGGAGCUGGAGGACUUUGAAUUCUACGAUCCCGAGGAAGUGAUGAUAGCGCAGGAGUCCAGGCAUUAUGAGACGAUUGUUAAACCUCCGGUGAAGAUAAUCAAACCUCGUGGUGUCACCAAUUCCCAUAGACCGCAAUACAACGUGGAUUCUAUAGAAGCAGAUGAGGAUUCGAAUAGUGUGGGGAAGGAGAAGGAAGGGAUGAUACGGGAUGCGGUGCUGCGAGCGUUGGAGAAGAGGAACAAUAUGGGAAAGUUUGCGCAGAUACUUCCAAUAAUUCGCGCCAUGUCUGGCAACCAGAGGGUCGCUUUGGCGUCGUUGGUUGCCAGCCAAGUAACCACUCCGCCCGGCAGACAAUAUUUGAGUAUAAAUCAGGUAAGAUCACUACUCAACAACAACUCAACCGCUGACCUCAUGCUACCAAUCUUACUGGACACAGCAAACCUAUUCAAAAAAGCACUUCGCUCUGGCAAGCAAACGCGUGACUUAAGAUUCCCACCCAGACCACAAUACCAAAGACGAUCCUACACCGAAGACACACUCAGCGAUGAACCAUUGGACAUUGGUGUAGAAGAUCUCAGGCUAGAAACAACAGCAAAUGUACAAGAACAAAAACAUGUACCAAAAACAGAAUCAACACCUACACUAAGAUCAGACAAGAUCAAACUGCCACCAAGAAAUCUGAUCGCCAAACUAAACAAUACAGACAAUAUUAAAGUUCAAAAUAAAACGGAACAUGAUAUUGGUGAUGAUAAUAGAAAUGUAUCCAGACAAGCAAUGGAUUCUUCGAUGAAGCUAAAACCCGAAUCAUCAACAAGAGCCUACGAUAAUGGGACCUUCGACCUGAUAACGGAUGCUACAAACCAAACCAUAUCACAAGACCUGCCGGUGGCUGAAAAACUACGCUCUUUGAAUAGAUACAUUGAUAGAAAAGGAAACCUAAUACGUCGUGGUACCUACCCUCCGAAACCCCCACAGCGUCGGACCACCGCUGAACCUACUAUAGGACCCAUUACUAGGCGAAGGCCAAUACCAGCCAGGAAGCUACCUGUGGCUAAUGAUCAUGCGCAAUGCGAGCUGUUUACAAAUACGUUGUGUCUGCAUAGCGAAGACUAUCCAACGGACGCAAUAAUGCAAUCUAUAAGAAGAAAUAAAGCAGCGGCUGGCGCGCUGCUGGCUGAUUUCAAGGAGCCCGGCGAAGGCGCAGUGGACGGCAUUACUGCAGCACAAGAAGCAAAAUAUACCGCUGAUCAUUAUUUGAUUUCUAAUCGUCGCGGCGACACAGCGAACAGAGACUUCGCGGGAGCUGGUGAGGCUGGAUUCAUGUGCCCGAGUACCGUGAAGUACGCGCGACCGCAGCGCGCCAGAGCAACUUCAGGGCAAUGGAAGUAUAUCGUGAAUACCGGCGAGCAUACGCAGACAUUGCGGUUGGAGAAAUGCUUAAAACCAAAGGAGUCUUGUACAUAUUUAACUGACAAUUUCAAAUCCAAAUGCGUUCAAGUUUAUAACUAUCACCGACUAUUGACUUGGGACCAGCAAAAUGGAUUGCAUAUGGAUAUUUUUAAGGUCCCAACGUGUUGCUCCUGCCACAUCGAAGGCUACAGCGUAUCAUUUCCACCAGUUGGCCAGAGAGUACACGAAACAUCAUCUGAACAUUUUCCUGGCGAAGAUUUGUCCUCUGAACAAGGGAAUGGAGCUUAUGAAGAUGUCCAACCAAGCGUGCAUCGACCUUCCCUCAACAAAUCACCUGGGUUUGGCUUCAGCAAACCAACAGAAUCUUUUUCCUCUUUCGGCGAUACUCACAAUGUUUUACAAGGUUCUUCGUUUUCAAACACUAAAGUUAACAUCGAUGACCUAAAUAAUAUACAAACAGGUCCUAAAGAUUCAUAUGGGAAUUCGUACUACCCCGAUACAUUUAAUCAGGCUAGUUCUAUAAGAAGCGUCAAAAGACCAGUACCGAGAAAUCCUUCUGGAAUUGGAAAUCCUCCUAGUUUACUAGCCUCAGACUCAGCUACUUUGCCUAGCUACUUGGAACCACCUACACCAUCAGCUCCUUCAUCAUCAUUCUCGUUUUCAAAGGAUACACUGAAUAAAUAUAAGAUUAAUGAUCAAUAUAAACGAACACCAGUGCGACCAAAUCGCAGGCCUAUAAGAAAAAAGAUUUCAGCUGUACCAGAUGACUUAAUGUCUUCUGGGACAUCAGCCAUAGGAGCUUAUCAGCCUGAAACCUUUGACACUAUAGAAGAAAUGGAUGAUGAUCUUGAAGAAACGAAUGUUGCUAAGCCUAUUAGUCAUGCAUUGCCAAGGCCUACGAUUGCAACAAAGUUGCAUUCGGUUACGGAGAAUAAGUUUAGUCAUAACAAUGAACAAACCAACAGUAAAACAGCUGGAGAUGAUAAUGGUAAAAAAAUUAAUUACAAUUACCACCCUAUUAUAGAUUUCUUUGGAGAUGAGGAAAAAGAAGAGAAUGAGUCCAUAGACAGAGAAGAUAAUUUAGAUUCUUACUCAACUUCGUUGGAGUCAGAAUGGAAACCAAUCAAUCACACUCCUAUAGAUAGAAGGAAGCAUUAAACUAUAGUUAAUUUAUUAGAAUAACUAAAUAUUUAAUUUUAUAUAAGAUACUCUUAGUUUUAAAAUACUGUAAGCUUUACUUAGUCGUAAUAUUUACAAACUUACUUCAUGAGCAAAACCAAAUUUUAUAAUGUUAUUAUUUAUUUAAUUAAACAUUAAUAAUUUAUAUGCUAGAUAAGUUUUCUUACUUGCAAAGAUUUUUUACAAUACUUGUCAGUGCAAUAUGAUAGUUAUGGAUUAAAUUACUUUAUUACGAUAUGUUAUUACUUUAAGGCGUUUGUCUAUUGUAAAGAUCUUGACGCUUUUAUAUAAGUUCUAAUGGAAGGAGACAGCAUUAUUAUUAAUUUUAUGGGUAAUUUGAAUUAAUUGGAUUAUGUGCGCGAUUACUAAACGUAUUAUUUAUUAUAUUUAUUUCUUUCUAUUGUUAAUGAAUUUUCGUAAUGCAUAACUAUUAAUGCUGUUUUUCCGAUGUUAGUCUUCUUUAUGUGAAGAAAAACAAACAACCGUUCUGGAAAUAUAUUCUUUUAUUAAACUUGAA